CGACAGCUCCCUCAGCCCAGCUCAACCACCAAACCGAACAACCUGGACAAGAACCCCCGCAAACAUCCACACUCACCCAUACCUAAGGAAUCUUCCUAAGCACUCCAAUCCUCCUCUGUACGAGCCAUCUCGAGAAAAAACUCUGUGACAUCUCCCAGCACUGCACCGAUUUCAAGCAUCCUCGUGCUUGUAAGGCGAUCGUGUCAAUCACCAAACCCACUGCACCAGCCACAUCACCGCAGCACAUACUGGCAACCAACAGUGUGUCCUGUGCCGACCCAACCCGAACCAACCUGCCCGUCUAGCUGUCACCGAGAUCGCUCAUCCCACUCUCGCAAUGGCUGCCACAUCUGUCCAGAACCCCCCCGCCCAAUCCGAGUCCAAGUCCUCCAAGAAGAAGAAGGCCAAGGCCGCCGCCGCCGCUGCCGAGCGCACCGAGUCUCCUGCCCCAGCUGCCACUCCCGACCAGCCUGCUUCUGUCGCCGGAAACAAUGAUAUCUCCGAGAAUGCUUAUAUUCGCGAGCUGAAGAAGGGCAUUCGGAACACCAACAAGAAGAUCGGCAACGCCUCCAAAACCCAAGCUCUGGUCGACGAGCACAAGUCCAAAGGCAAGACACCCGAGGAGCUUGUCCAGCUCAAGAUCAUCAACCCCGACCAGAAGAAGCAAGUCGACAACCUCAACUCGCUCAAGGCCGAGGUUGCAAGACUCGAAGAACAGCUGGCCCAGUACGAGAAGAUUGACGGAGAGUACCGUGCCCAGGUUGCCUCUGUUAAGGCCGAUAUCGAGAAGUCGUUCGAGCAGGACAAGGCAGACGCCGUCGCCGAGGUCAAGAAGCAGGCCGAGGCGGAUGCGAAGAAGUCGCUGCACGAUGGUCUCCUGGUCCUGUCCCAAUUCCUGCGUCUCGCUGCCCACCGACGGGCGGAAGCCCCCGAAUCUACAGAGGAUGAGGACCAGGCAUUGGAGGGCAUCCUGCUCGGUGUUUACGGUGGUGACGAGGCCGCUGUGAAUGUCAUGCUGCGGCUUUGCGAAGGAACCGAGGACAAGACUGCCUCCGUUCACGGCGAGACCCUCGAGACAACUUACGCGACCGUCAAGGCGUCAGCUGCCGCCCACUCGGCCCCGCUUUACCAAACGGCUUCCGAGGCUGAGACCGAGCCCGUUGAGGCCGCCGAACCCGUUCAGACCGAUCCCACCGUUGCCAACGCUGGCCUGACCGAGAUUGAUGCUGGCACCGACACCGCUUUGACAAACGGGCAACAGGAGGAGGCUGCUGCUGACAGCACAAUCCCAAAUGCUGAUGUCGGCGACGCUGCUGCGAACGCCGCUGCGGAGAGCCAGUGGGACGCCGGCAAUGAUCUGGCCACUUCCCAGGAGUGGGUCGAGGUACAGGCACCAGCUGAGACCGUCCCGACCGAGAGUGCUCCCGCCGUGCCCGCCGCCGCCGCCGCCGCUGCGCCUGCUGCCGCUAACACCGCAUCCUGGGCUGACGAUCACCCAGAGACCACGCCAGAGGCUUCGACUCCUACCGAUCCCAACGAUGGUUUCCAGUCUGUCCAGCGCCGUGGAAACCGCGACGGCGGUAACCGCGGAGGACGUGGCCGUGGCCGUGGAGGCGGCUUCCGUGGAGAUGGCUUCCGUGGCCGCGGACGUGGCGGAGCGCGGGGACGAGGUGGUCCCCGCCGCGACGCCCCCGAGGCGUCAUCCUAGAGGGUGCGCCAGCGCUACCUGCGGUGGAGACGAGGGCUAGGUCGUGAUAUACCUCCUCAGACAGCGGAUCGCCAUCGCCGCCGAUCCCGUGUACAAAAUCACUUGAAUCAGCAGCCAGACACAACCUGGCGCACCGAGCGUGCGAGCCAGCAGGCUACAUUAAUACACAUCACAGCGGCCGAGUCAACGACUCCUUCGCCUGUGGACUUUGUGGAGUUGGGGGACUCCGACUGGCCGUUCUCCAAGUUGUACCAGGAAGGUUGGUAGAUUUGAUCUCAUGACCGCCUGCGCUCUGUUCUUAAUAGUGGGAUGGUUCACGAGAAUGAAUAAUGAAAGAGAAAAGGAAAAAAAAGAAAAAGCGGAACGGUCUGGUCUGAUUUGGUCUGGUCUGGUUUGUCAAUGACCCUGUUUCAUCUCUGGUCCGGGCUGGGUGGGAAUGCUUUUGUGGCAUAGGGACUUGGACAGGAGGAGUGGGCUACACUCUGCUACCUGGAGCACGGUUUGCGCGGUGUCAUCCUCGGUUUGAGUUUUUGCGCGGCUGUUGACACUCAUGACACGGUCGGUGUUUGGUUCCCGGUAUCCUCAAAAGUGCAUAUAUCAUUGCGAAGCAUGUACUGCAUAUGCGUUGCGGUCGUCACUAGGUACAAGACAGAGCCCAAUGCAAGGUCACGAGCAUUUACAUCCAUC